AUGGAUUAUAUUCAUAAAUCAGGUGCAAAAAAGAGAAAAGAACGAGACUUACGAGAAAAAGCUGCAAAAAAGGGGCAAACUACUCUUGACCAUGUAAGUUUUUUUACUAAACUCACUGAUUCUCCAACCUCUGUAAAUCAAGAAACUCUUCAAACAUUUCAAAAUUCUCCCAUCAUUCCUAGUACAAUAGUUGAUAAACUACAAACAUACCAAAAUCCAUCUAGCUCAACCAAAUCUGACCAACCGGGAACUAUUUGCUCUAUGUUAAUAACUAGUGCCGAAACAUUUACAAGCAUUAAUAUUGACGAGAAAAAAUCUAAAACUGUUAAUACUUUAUUUACAAUUACAGAUCCAAAACAUCCCGGCAGUUCUAAGCCUUACGAUUUUGACGUAGGACAGUUUGAAUUUUUAAUUUUAAAACAAGAUGAUAUAAGUCAGGCAGUCCUUCGUGGUCCUUCUCCCCACCCACCUUAUUUCCCAGAAGAUAAAGAAGGGCGUGCUUUUCCUCGUUCUGUUUUAACGUAUACACUUCAAAAUAAUGAAAAAAUAUGCAGAGAUUGGCUUGUAUGGAGUAAGAUUAAAAAAUCACUGUAUUGCUUUCCGUGUAGGUUAUUUAGUAAACUACCACAACCAAGUAGAUCAAUGUUGUCAACUCCUGAAGGAUACUCUGCAGACAACAAGUGGAAAAAAUUACAUGAUAGAAUAACACCUCAUGAAAACAGUGUCAAUCACAAAAUGUGUUAUGUAGAAUGGCGUUGUCUGGAGUCUCGUAUAGAUAGUAAAACAACUGUAGACAUGUUGCUGUGUGAUAAUAUAAAAAAUGAAGCAGAUAGGUGGAGACAAAUUUUGCGACGAAUUUUAGAUGUAGUGAUUUUUCUAGGAGAACGAGGCCUAUCAUUUAGAGGGGACAGUCAUCUUGUAGGGAACCCACAUAACGGUAACUUCUUAGGUAUUCUAGAGUUAUUAAGUAAUUAUGAUCCCUUGUUGAAAGAGCAUAUGAGUAAAGUCAGAGAGUCUCAGUCAACUCAUAGCCGUAUGCAAGUACACUACCUUUCCCCUGACAGUCAAAACGAAUUUAUUAAAUGUUGUUCUAACCAUGUUACACAAGCUAUUUUGAAAGAAAGAGAAGAUGCUAAGUACUACUCAAUUAUUGUAGAUGCAACUCCAGACUCAUCUCAUCGACAACAGACCGUAUUUAUAUUGAGAUAUCUGACUUUAUGUUCCACAGAUCAGAGUUCUGAGUAUGAAGUACAAGAACGUUUUCUUGCUUUUGUAGAUUGCAACAAAAAAACCGGUGAGGCAAUAGCAGAGCUUAUCCGGAGUACUCUAGCUGAGCAUCAUAUUCUACUAAGUGAUUGCCGUGGUCAAGGAUAUGACAAUGGUAGUAACAUGAGUGGACAGUAUAAAGGUGCGCAGAGUCGAAUUAUGAAAGAAAAUUCUCUAGCUCUUUUUUCACCAUGUGCCUGUCACAGUUUGAAUCUUUCUAGCCCUCAGAGAUGGGAAAUCUUGCAAGGACAUCUGAAAUGUUCACUUCACAACAUGUCUGAUACAAGAUGGUCUUCAAGAAUUGAAUGUGUCAAGCCAUUUUCUAUGAACAUAGUAGGCAUUAAAGAGGCGAUCAAAGAGGUUCAAAAUCUUAAUCUAACUGCUGAAACUUUAAAUGAUCUUAGGGGACUUUCCAAGUAUGCCGAUUCAUUUGAAUGUGUAAUUAUGGCCUCUAUUUGGUUUAAAGUGCUGACCACAAUCGACUAUAGAAAUAAAGUCUUACAAACAAGAAAAUGUACAAUUGACGUGGAAGUGAAAAAUUUAGACAGCUUGAUAAAUGAUUUGACACAUUUAAGAAAUAACUGGGAAAUGAUUUUGGAAGAGUGUAAGCUUGUUGGUGGAAAUCUAAAUAGUGCAAUAACCUUUCCAAAAAAACGUACCAUAAGAAAGAAACUAGCUGAUGGGUCAACUCAAGUAGAUGAUUGCAACCGAGAAGAGAAGAUUAAGCAGGUGUUUUAUACUAUAAUUGACUGUGUGAUAGCCAAUAUUACAGUACGGUACACUGCUGUUCGAAACAUAGAUGAAAUGUUUAAUUUUCUAUGGAAAUUUCCAAAAUUUUCAACUGCAGAACUUGCUGAAAAAUCAAACACAUUUGUCAAUUUGUAUAGCAGUGACGUUUCUAGAGAUCUGGUGGAAGAAAUUAAUCACUUGAAAUCAAUUCAGGCAGCUAACUUCAAAAAUGACCUUUCACCUCUUAAUCUCCUUAACACACUAGAAAAACAAAAACUGAAAAGCAUUUUUCCAAAUGUAUGUAUUGCUCUGAGGUUAUUCUGCACACUGCCAGUGACUGUAGCUGAAGCAGAAAGAUCUUUCAGCACACUAGCAAGAGUAAAGAACUUUCUCCGAUCAACCAUGGCUCAAGAUCGACUUUCAAGUUUGGGCACACUUGCUAUGGAACCUGAUCUUGCUAGACAAUUGGAUUAUAAUAGCAUUAUCGAUACUUUUGCAAACAAAAAAGCUAGAAAAGCUAUUUUUUAA